AUGUUGGAAAUUCUAUCAGCAAUAAAAAAUAAUAAUGUAAAUAAAAUACCUACUAGUUCAGAACAAUGUUACUCAACAUACAUUGACCAAGUACAAAAAGUUAUACGUACUUACUACAAAUAUAAUAAAACUCCAGCAGAAUUAACUAUAUCCUAUGAAGAUUUACUUAAUGCUGAUAAUAAAGGUCGUUGGUGGAUUGUUGGUUCCGCUUGGAAGGGCGAUGAACAGAAAAAUAAUAAUAACUUACAGAAAAAAGACAUGUACGAUAAAAAACUACUGGAUAUGGCAAAAAAAUAUCGGAUGAAUACUGAUACAAGGAAAAAUAUUUUUUGUAUUUUAUUCACUGCUGAGGACUAUUUGGAUGCUUUUAACAAACUUGUUCGAUUAGGUCUAAAAGGUCUUCAACAAGAAGAAAUUGUUAGCGUCUUAAUUCACUGUUUAUUAGUUUAUAAAGUGUAUAAUCCAUUUUUUGCUUAUGUUGCACAACAAUUGUGUCAAUCCAAUAGAAAAUAUCAAGCAUUUUUUAAAAAAUCCAUAAAUGUGCGUUUAGAAGAAAUCGACAAUUUGAAAAAAAAUCAAAUACCAAUUCUAGCAUCAUUUUUGGCAAAAAUGUUGCGCAAUCAUUCACUCCCCAUCACUAUUUUAAAAAAUGUUGACUGGGGAAGCCUGAACAAACUGAUGGUGAGUUUUGUUCGACAGACUUUAAUUAAAGUAUUACAAGAUAGUGAUGAAGAAGAAACCACCAAUAUAUUUCUAAAAGCAUCAAAAAAUCCUACUUUGCAGUUUUUCCGUGAAGGUCUUACAUUAUUUUUAAGUCAUUUCCUUAUUAAAAAUGCUUCAAAAGACAUCAGUGACAAAAAAUUAGAAUUGUUAACAAACAGAGUAAAAGUUGCACAAGCCGCAUUAAACCGCUGCUAA